AUGUCAACUCCUGAUAUUGAACUCGGCACCCGAAAUGUAACUUCUAAGCGCGGCUUUGCGCUCGUGGCAUCUAAGAUCAACAGCGAUGUUGACAAAACAACCACUAUCUACCGACGCUUCGACGAGCUUUCCGCGCGAAGCCUGCUCUAUUUCCAAGCCGAGCUAGCGGAGUUGGAGGAGGAGUUGAAGGAUAACGACGACGAAGAUAGUCAGGCGAGGGAUAAGAUUGCUGUGGAUUGCCAGCGGGAUUGGAGUGUAUUUGAGCGGAGUGCGGGGGAAGGGGUGGAGAGAGAGAAGAGGAGAAUGGAGUUGGUGAUGAAGAUCAGGGAGAAGCUUGAGAAAUAUCACAGGGCACUCGCGACUCAACAAACACUCCUCAAUGCCCCGACCCCUUCCCCCAGCACAGUGAAAGCCCUCCGCAAGUGGUUCUUCAACAACACCUCCACAUGCAGACCCACCUCUCACGAAACACCCCGUCUCUGGGGCGCAUCCGAGCGUAUGUACGACAACAUCCACGAUCUCGUUGCGCUCCGUGUCCCAGCAGAUCAAGACCGCCUCUCAAGCUUCGUCCAAAACAACUUCUCCCUACUCUUCCAAACCUCGUCUCCAGAUGGGACAACAGCCUACAUUUCCGAGCGCUCACUCUCGCACUUCGUCACUAUUCUCAGUACUGUGUUGGCGGCGGUCAUGCUUCUCGGCGCGAUCAUUUCGUUGUAUACUGUAAAGAAUCCACAUGCGUUGUUGGGGAUGUUGAGUGGCUGGACGGUGCUGUUUGCUGCUUGUGUGGGGUUGCUGACGAAUGCGAGGAGGGAUCAGAUAUUUGGGGCGACGGCUGCGUAUGCGGCUGUGCUGGUUGUUUUUGUGAGUGGGAAUUUGGGAAGCGCACCUAGCUCGGGGAGUUGUGUUUGUACGCCUGGAAUAUGA